AUGUCGAACAGCAUCAAGGUCGUGGCGCGGUUCCGCCCGCAGAACCGCACCGAGAUUGAGCAGGGCGGCCUGCCAAUCGUUCAGUUCGACGCGGAAGACACCUGCACUUUGGAUUCAAAAGAAGCCGCGGGAUCUUUUACCUUUGACCGCGUGUUUGAUAUGAACUCGCGACAAAAAGAUGUCUUUGACUUCUCCAUCCGAUCCACGGUCGACGACAUCCUCAACGGCUACAAUGGAACGGUUUUCGCGUAUGGUCAGACGGGUGCGGGAAAGUCUUAUACCAUGAUGGGCACGGAUAUAGAUAACGAUGAAGGCCGAGGUGUCAUUCCUAGAAUCGUGGAGCAGAUAUUUGCUAGUAUUUUGACGAGUCCCGGCACGAUGGAGUACACGGUACGCGUCAGUUAUAUGGAGAUUUAUAUGGAACGAAUUCGGGAUUUACUGGCUCCCCAAAACGACAAUUUGCCGGUGCACGAGGAGAAGAAUAGGGGUGUAUAUGUGAAGGGCUUGCUUGAGAUAUAUGUCUCGAGUGUACAGGAGGUGUAUGAGGUGAUGCGGAGGGGUGGGUCUUCGCGGGCCGUUGCGUCUACCAACAUGAACCAAGAAUCCUCACGGUCUCACUCCAUAUUCGUCAUUACGGUCACGCAAAAGAACGUCGAGACAGGCUCGGCGAAGAGCGGGCGACUUUUCUUGGUUGAUUUGGCUGGUAGUGAGAAGGUCGGCAAGACUGGUGCUAGCGGACAGACUCUUGAGGAAGCCAAGAAGAUCAACAAGAGUUUGAGUGCCCUGGGUAAUGUCAUCAACAAUCUUACCGAUGGCAAAUCCCAACAUAUCCCGUAUCGAGACUCGAAACUUACUCGGAUUCUGCAGGAAAGUUUGGGUGGUAACAGUCGGACAACGCUGAUCGUCAACUGCUCGCCGAGUAGUUACAAUGAUGCUGAGACCCUGGGUACGCUGAGGUUUGGUAUGAGAGCAAAGGCGAUCAAGAACAAGGCCAAGGUCAAUGCCGAGAUCAGUCCUGCGGAACUUAAAUCAAUGCUUAGGAAGGCACAAACGCAAACCGCAACCUUUGAGCAAUACAUCCAAGCUUUGGACGUCGAAAUCCAACUAUGGCGGUCUGGAGAGUCGGUGCCGAUGGAAAACUGGACUCCUGCCCUGGCUGGGACAACUGGAACUAAACUUGAAUCUCGACCUCAGCGACCCUCUACACCAUCAAGACUUACCACGGAGAGCCGAGCCGAGACCCCGGUUGCUUCGGAACGGUCAGCUACGCCAUCAUUACCUUUGGACAAGGAUGAGCGAGAAGAGUUCCUCCGAAGGGAAAAUGAACUUCAAGAUCAGAUCGCCGAAAAGGAAACUCAGAUCGCAACCCUGGAUAAAUCGAUCAAAGAAAUGAAGGAGGAGUCGUCAUACUUGAAGGAGCAUGAUAGCAAGACCAACAAGGAUAACGAGAAGCUCACUGGCGAAGUUAACGAAUUCAAAAUGCAGCUGGAGAGAUUAACAUUUGAGAGCAAGGAGGCCCAAAUCACGAUGGAUGGUUUGAAGGAAGCCAAUUCGGAGCUCACAGCCGAACUCGACGAAAUCAAGCAGCAAUUACUCGAUGUCAAGAUGAGUGCAAAGGAGACUAGUGCCGUCUUAGAUGAGAAAGAGAAGAAGAAGGCCGAGAAAAUGGCCAAGAUGAUGGCCGGAUUUGACCUGGGUGGCGAUGUGUUCAGCGAUAACGAGCGGUCCAUCAAGGAGGCCAUUGAUCAAGUAGAUGCGCUGCAUGAGCAGAGUGCGGCUGGGGAAGCCAUUGCCCCAGACGAGCUGCAAGAUAUCAAAGCAAUAUUAGUUGAGACCCAAGGGAUUGUUCGACAAGCUGAGCUAUCCCUAUAUGGAUCGUCCAACGAUGCCAGCGCCAAGCGCCGCGACCAGCUUGAAGAUCGCCUCGUCGCAGUCGAUCGGGAAUAUGAACUUCUAGAAAGAAACCUCAGCGAAGCCGAUGUUUCUGAAGUUAAGGAGCGUCUCGCAGAAGCUUUAUCAAACAGACAAGACGUGCAAAUUGAACUGGUCGAAGAUCUCAAGGCAGAUUUAGCACAAAAGUCGGCUGAGAUCCAGAAAUUCAAGGCCGUAAACGAGGAUCUUCAGCGGAAGGUCAAGAGUGGUGUUGUCGCCAAUGGCUCCUCUGGAAUGGCCAAUGGCAAGACCGUGCAACAACAAAUCGCCGAAUUCGAUGUUAUGAAAAAGAGCCUCAUGCGUGAUCUUCAAAACAGGUGCGAGAGAGUGGUUGAGUUGGAGAUCUCCUUGGACGAGACGAGAGAGCAAUACAACAAUGUCCUGCGCUCGUCGAACAACCGUGCCCAGCAGAAGAAGAUGGCCUUUUUAGAGCGAAAUCUCGAACAGCUUACCCACGUGCAACGGCAACUUGUUGAACAAAAUGGAAGUCUGAAAAAGGAGGUCGCGAUUGCAGAGCGCAAGCUUAUCGCGAGGAAUGAGCGGAUACAGUCGCUCGAGUCUUUGCUACAAGACUCGCAGGAGAAACUAACCGCCGCGAAUCACAGAUUUGAAGCACAACUCCAGGCCGUCAAAGAACGCCUGGAAGCUGCUAAGAGUGGUAGCACACGCGGCCUCGGCUCCCCUAGUGGACAAGGUUUCUCUUUUGUAGGUGCAGGCAGUAGAAUCGCGAAGCCCCUCCGAGGAGGCGGCGGAGCUGGCGAAAGUGCGAGUAUCCCAGUUAUAAAUGGUCUUCAAAGUGAAGCUAGCAGCGCUACGAGCAACAAAAGGAGCUCGUGGUUCUUCUCUGGAGGGCAGAAGUAG